AUGGAAAUACAACUAUGCCAAAACUGGUAAGAGCUAUUCAGUGACAAAGAAAUCCCCAAGCAAUCCUACGAUUUGCAUUCAAUUCACUGCCACCGGAACAUUUACCGCUGUGAACAAUGCAACAAGCCAGUUCCAAAAUCAGAAAAACAAGCCCACAAUGAAGAAAAUCAUAUCCCAAAAGAAUGCCCCACCUGCAGUGAAAAAUUCGACCCUCAGCUUUUCAACUUGCAUGAGUGCCCUAAAGCUCCAAAGAAAUGCAAAUAUUGUGAAGCUGAGUUUCCGUUUGAACAAUUCAAUGACCAUGUCUACCAAUGCGGAAGCCGCACUGAAUUAUUCUGUAGCAAAAUAAAUAUGGCCGAAGGCCAUAUUAAACCAAUUAAUAUAGAACUGAGGCAUUAUUAAACUAAUGCAUUAUAUGCACAAGAUGCAACAAAUUUAUCCCAAUGAGGGACUAUCAGCAUCAUUUUGAAGAAGUUGACUGUUUAGGGACUUUUAAGGAAGUCCACGCCCAGAAAAAAAUAGACGAAAUACGUAAUGAAGUAGUCAUGAGAAGGAUGAGUGAAAACAUGGAAAAUGUUGAGAAUAUCAUAGAAGAAGAAAUCGACCAAGAAGUCGCCAAAAAAUAUGCAGAAGAGCUUGACAGACAAUAUGCUGAAGAAAUUUACCAGAAAAUCCUUAUGGAAGACACAAGGUCACCUCCACGACAGCCAGUACAAAGUGUAAUAACCCAAGCUGACUAUGUCCCAGAUUAUGAAGAUUUUGGAAACAGAGGAGACUUUUCCGAAGAACAUGAAAAUUUUGAGGAUCCUUUUAGCGAGCAUAUAGAAAGCAAUAUAGAAGAAAUCCCAGGAGGACAAAGAAGCUAUUAUUCAAGCGUAAGACAAGAUGGAUCUGGUGCCGUAAGACAAGAGUUUUACCAAACUGAGUUUUCCCAACAAUCUUCCAAUCCAAGCGCUUUUUCGAAUAUUUAUUCACAAUUUGAUGAAGGCAUUCCAAGACAAACACAAGAAAAUGCAGGGACCGAUAUGGACUUAGAACUAACUGAAGAAGAAAGGAUGAUGAAUGAAGCGAUUUUGAAGAGUUUACAAGAUAAAUAG